UAUAUUUAGUUCUGCUUGGUGGAAGUGCAAGUGGGGUCUGUUUUCUCCUUCGUCUGUUGGUAGGACUUGCUGUUGUGCGAAUUUUUCCGGAGCCCGUCAGAGCCCGGGGGAAGAGAUUUCAUCGCUCCUCUGUUUCACUCCCUGUCUCGAAGCAUAGCCAUCCUCAACCAUGAGAAUCGCCGCCAUCUUUCCCGAGCUGGACUGUUGCCUUCUUGUUUUUCUGAUAUCCUCUUUUUUUCAUCCAACACAAAGUGAAAUAACAAGCCUUGACAGUGGAAAUAUAGAUGAUAUUUUAAACAAUGCCGAUGUUGCAUUAGUGAAUUUUUAUGCUGAUUGGUGUCGAUUUAGUCAAAUGCUACACCCUAUAUUUGAGGAAGCUUCUAAUGUAGUUAAAGAGGAUUUUCCAGAUAAGAAUCAAGUUGUAUUUGCCAGAGUAGAUUGUGAUCAGUACUCUGACAUAGCUCAAAGGUAUAGGAUAAGUAAGUACCCAACCUUGAAGUUGUUCCGGAAUGGGAUGAUGAUGAAGAGAGAGUAUCGAGGUCAAAGAUCAGUGACAGCAAUAGCAGAUUAUAUCCGGCAACAGAAAAGCAAUCCAAUUAGAGAAAUACUAAGCUUGGAAGAAAUUAACUCUCUUGAUCGCAGUAAAAGAAACAUUAUUGGCUAUUUUGAACAAAAAGACUCUGAUAAUUACAGGAACUUUGAAAGAGUAGCAAAUGUUUUGCAUGAUGACUGUGUCUUCCUAGCUGCAUUUGGGUCUGUUUCCAAACCAGAACGAUUUAGUGGGGACAACAUAAUAUAUAAGCCAACAGGGGAAAAUGCUCCAGAUAUGGUUUACUUGGGUUCUAUGACUAAUUUUGACUUGGCUUAUGCAUGGACUCAAGACAAAUGUGUUCCUCUUGUUCGUGAAAUUACAUUUGAAAAUGGAGAGGAAUUGACAGAAGAGGGUCUUCCUUUCCUUAUACUCUUUCAUAUGAAAGACGAUACAGAAAGUUUAGAAAGGUUCCAACAGGAAGUUGCACGACAGUUAAUAAGUGAAAAAGGUACCAUAAACUUUUUACAUGCUGAUUGCGACAAGUUCAGACAUCCUUUGCUCCACAUUCAGAAAAGUCCAGCAGAUUGUCCUGUUAUUGCUAUUGAUAGUUUUAGACAUAUGUAUGUUUUUUCAGACUUCAAUGAUUUGGCUGUUCCUGGUAAACUCAAGCAAUUUGUACUAGAUUUACACUCUGGGAAAUUGCACAGAGAGUUUCAUCAUGGUCCAGAUCCAACAGAUAUAGCACCUGGUCAGCCACUCCAGGACAUAGUAAGCAGCCCACCAGAGAGUUCAUUUCAGAAGCUAGCACCUAGUGGACAUAGAUACACUUUAUUGCGGGAAAAGGAUGAACUCUGAAGACUUGAAAACAACGUUCAGUCAGCAGUUGUAACUCCUGUGGGGUGGAAAUAGGAAACCUAUAUUUUCUUAAAUUCUGUUUGUUUUAUUUUGAAUAAUAUCUUGUUUUUCUGUGCUCCCUGGGGUUUGUAAAUAUGUGUGGGCCAUUUUUGGACAAGGUCUUUCCAAAGUUUUUCUUGCUGCAAAUUGAUGUAAACCUUUUCUAAACAAAUGAAAGUGUUGUCAAUACCAGCAACAUGCUGUUAACUUGCACUAUCUAAUUAAACAAAACUUCUUGUUUUUCAUUGGUGUAAUCUGGUGGUAUGGUUGUCUUACCUUUUUCCUCAAGUGAAUAUAAUUUUGUUAAUUUGCUAUUGAAAGAAUAUCCUGAAUUCUUGGGUGGGGAAUAAAUUGCAAUUUUACAGAA